GAGGAAGGAGGAGGGAUUGUGGUUGCGUCUGGUGCUAUUGUCAUUCUGCUGUUGUGCGCUUCAGCGGCAGGAGGGACUGCUGAAAGGAGGAGUAGAAAACAGAGCCAGGGAGGACAGAGAGAGAGAGAGAGAGAGAAAGAGAGAGAGAGAGAGAGAGAGAGAGAGAGAGAGGACAGGGAAAGAAAGAAUAGAAAGGAGAGCCUGGGCAGCACUGCAACAGCUGCUGCAGCAGUCUGUCAGGCGGACAGAGAGAGGCAGAGGGAAUGAGGAGAGGAAAAAAUGAAUAAUCUAUCUGCAAAGAAGAGCAAAGAUCCAAGGACUGUGCCUUGUUAGCCUUUUCUUGUUUUCUCCUGAAAGGAUAAGGGGACUGAAAGGAAGUCUAUUUUUCUCUCUCCUUGCUGAUGCUUUUUGAAAUGCUCUCAUGCAGGAGGCAUGCUCAGAAGUAGCGUGAAAGGAGGCAGAGAAGGAGAUUUAAAGAUGGAAAGGGCGGAAAGGGCGGAAAGCACCAAAACGUACGGCCAAGCCGAGGGCAAAGCUGUUGGCAUGGCAGCCAAGAGGGGCAAGUCAGGGGUGCCCCAGAGCGCCCAACGAGGGGAACUGAGGGUGUACCGUGCAGGUAGCUCUGAGGGGCGGCUUCCAGUGUCCUCCUCACUCCGCAAGCAGAGGUCCAUGACCAACCUGGCCGUGCUCACCGAUGCAGAGAAAAAGAUACACCUCUACGAGCCCAAGUGGUGUGAUGACAUGGCCAAGCCUGGAGCAGGACCCCUCAAGGCAGGCAAGCCCAAGCUGGCAGGAGGGGGUGGCGGUGGCGGACGAGGGGGCGCGCCACUCUCACGCAACCUCUCCAAGUCAGAGCACUCUCUCUUCCAGGGCAAACCCAAAACCUUCAGCCCAUUGGCGGCUCCUUCUGGUCUGGUCAGACCCAGUCAGAGCCGGAUCCCCCGGGCGCCGUAUGCAGAGGUGAAGCCCCUGAGUAAAGCCCCUGAGGACGGAAAAUCUGAUGAUGAGAUUCUCUCCAGCAAGGCCAAGGCUGCCAGCAAGAAGCAGGCAGUGGGAGCUUCUGUGGAGUCAGAGGCCAAGAGCCAAGGGGAUGGGAGCCAAUCCUCCUUCCUCAAGGUGGAUCCAGAGCUGGUAGUGACUGUCCUGGGUGACCUGGAGCAGCUUCUCUUCAGCCAGAUGCUGGACCCAGAGUCUCAGAGGAAACGUACGGUGCAGAACGUCCUUGACCUCAGACAGAACCUGGAAGAUACCAUGUCCAGUCUACGGGGAGCCCAACUCAGCCAUGGCUGUCUGGACAGCAGUACUGUUUGCUACGACAGUGACGAGACCAACGGCCGCAGCAUGUCCAGUCAGUCAAACCGCUCCUCUCCUCUCUCCUGGCGCCACGGCCAAUCCAGCCCCCGGAUGCAGGCUGGAGACGCUCCUUCUUCCACGGGCAGCGGUGGGUACCAGGGGGGCAAGGCCGGGUCCCAGUACACGGCCCACACAAUGCCCGCCCGAGUCUCCAGCCGUUUCAGCCACUCCUCCCGAAUGGAGCUCAUCGAAGGGCUGGAUGUGGAUGAUGCGGACCUCAAGUCUGGUUACCUGAGCGACACCGACCUGCUGGGCAAGAGUAUGCCAGAGGAUGACGACGACAACCUGGCCAAUGGCUGGGAAGAGAGCAGCUCCAUCAGCAGUGGGCUCAGUGAUGGCUCUGUAGACAACCUCAGCUCCGAGGAGUUCAACGCCAGCUCCUCCCUCAACUCUCUACCCACCACACCCCUCGGAUCCAGACGCAAUUCCUCUGUCAUGCUCCGCACCGAUGCUGAGAAGCGCUCCCUGGUGGAGAGUGGCCUGUCCUGGUACAGUGAGGAUGCCAAGGCCGCACGCAAGAUGGACGGGGGCAGCUACGAAACUGGGAGCCUCAAGACCGAGACCCCCAGCAAGUGGAGGAAGUCCUCGAGACCCAUGGAGAGUGCUAGUGAGGACGCAGGGGUCAAAGGGGAACUGAGGAAGCCCCAGAUCCUGGGUCAGCCAGGGAACUUUAAUAAGAAGGGGCGCCACCCUCCUGUGGGCGUGACCUCACCCAUUACCCACACCUCUCAGAGCGUGCUCAAAGUGGCAGCACCAAAGAGUGACCACAGGGCGGUGGACAAGACAAAGAUGUCUGUGAAGGCUGCUGGGCUGCAGCGAUCUCGUUCUGACGCCGGGAGGGAUCAUCUUCCGCAGAACCGGGAACUCCGCAAGCCCCCAUCCGGCCUGGUCAAGCCCUCUGCCGGGGCCUCGUUCGGCUACAAGAGGCUCCCGACCACCAGCACUGCCACCGUAAUGACAGCAGGGGGCAGUACCAUCUCUGGUGGCUCUGCCACCUUGGGCAAGAUGCCCAAGUCUUCUGGCAUCCCAGUGAAGCCUCUGGGAGUUGGAGGAGGAGGAGGAAGAGUGGGACGUAAGAAUAGCUUUGACGCCACCGGCAGUGAGGAGGGGGGCUUCCUGGGGCCCAGCGCCCGUAACAGCCUCCAGUACCGCAGCCUGCCACGCCCCGCCAAGUCCAGCACCCUCAGCCUGAUCGGCCGCCCUGGGUCGGCCCGGCCCGCCAGCAGCUGCAUGGACCCCGGCAUGCUCAGCCUGAAGCCUAUCUCCAUGGCCUGCCCCGGCCCCAGGGGGAAAGAGACUGGCAGUGGAAGCACUAAGGGGGGCAGUCGAGGAGGGAGCACAGGCCCUGUCAACCAGACAGACAGGGAGAAGGAGAAGGAGAGGGCUAAGGCCAAGGCAGUGGCGUCUGAUAUGGGCUCCCUGUGUGGCUCUCUGAAGAUGGCAGACUGUCAGGGUGAUUCUACUGGGGAGACUAGCGCCAAACUGCAUGGGCUGCGUAGGGCCAGCAGCAGCAAAUACCCUGAGCUCUCAUCACCCACCACUCAGAGGAUGCUGAGCUGCAAAUCUCUGGGUCGGCCUCCCAGCCUGGCACACCUGGACAAGGUCAACUCCAACAGCCUGGACUCGUGCGUGACCAUUCAGGACCUCCCUCCUAAAGUGCCCCCCUACUCCAAGCUCCAGGACCUGGCUGGGUCCGUGCCACACAGCACCAUCCCCCGGGGCAUCACCCCCAGCCCAGCACCCAUCCUGCACCUCGACUCCCCCAGCUGCUACCCCAACCAGACCCUGUCCAUGGGCGGCUCUCCGCUGCUCUACCCCAAACUGUCUGGCCUACACCGCAGCAUGGAGUCACUUCCCCUCACCAUGAGUGUUCCUCCCAGUGGAGGAUAUAUCAGGGCAGAGUCCAGAGACAGGGACAGGGACAGCUACAGAGACAGGGACAGGGAGGAGACGAGGAGCACAGGGACCUGGGGUGCUGGGAGCAGGACCUCCCUCAAUCUCCCAGACAGUUUGCAAACAGACAGGAACACCUUACCCAAGAAAGGAUUAGGGUAUGUCAAUCGCUACAGCUCUGGUCUGUCAGAGGAUCAGUCGGAGGGGAAGGAGAGGCGUCACUCUCACACCGCAGUGAGCCUGAUGGAGAGCGAGAGCCCCCCUCAGCUGCCAUCGCCCACCCACAUUCCCCACCUCUCCUCUGGCAAGGCUGUCCUCACUAACGUGGUUGCCCCCAUCCCGAGCGGUGCCCCCAGGAUAACCCGCUCCAACAGUAUCCCCACCAACGACAUGUCCUUCGACCUGUAUGGCACCUCUCCACUGGGCAGCACCAUGUCACUGGCCGACCGGCCCAAGAGCAUGAUGCGCUCUGGAUCCUUCCGCGAGCCUGGGGAUGACUGUGAGACAGCUAGCACAUUCCAUGGCUCUGUCCUCUCCUUGGCAUCAAACACUUCAUCCAACUAUUCCUCGACCGAGGAGCGGAUACAAGGAGAGCAAAUCCGCAAGCUGAGACGCGAGCUGGAGAACUCCCAGGAAAAAGUGGCCAACCUGACUACCCAGCUGUCUGCCAACCUAGGACAGGCUAAUUUGGUAGCAGCGUUCGAGCAGAGCCUGCAACUGAUGACGUCACGUCUACAGACCCUGUCGGUCAGCCAGGAGCAGAAGGUACCGGACUCUGAGCUGACUGAUCUGAAGGAGACCAUAGAGAUCCUGAAGACGAAGAACACAGAGGCCCAAGAUAUCAUCCAUGUGGCCCUCAGCAACCCUGAAAUCCCUCCUGAAGAGCUUCAGAUGAAGAGGCAGAACUCGUCCGAGAGCAUCUCCAGCCUGAACAGUAUCACCAGCCACUCCAGCUUGAGCAGUCUGAAGGAGCAGGAGGCCAAGAAGAAGAAGAAGAGCUGGCUGAGGAGUUCCUUCAACAAGGCGUUCAGUAAGAAGGGUUCAAAGCUCUCUGCUUCGUACGCUGACAUCGAGGAGAUCGCCACUCCAGAUUCCUCUGCUCCCUCCUCUCCUAAGAUCACCAUCCACCACGGGGACAGGGCUGGGGACGGGGACAACCCUCCCUCUGUGAUGAGGUCCUCUGUCUCUGCAUCCUCCUCUGGGCUGUGUGAAGGAGGCGAGGAUCCCCCGGAGGAUGAGAAGGUUGUGUCUACGCUGCGCUCGGCCCUCUGGGAGAAGGAGAGGAAGCUGACGGACAUCCGCCUGGAAGCCCUUAGCUCCGCCCACCAGCUGGAGCAACUGCAGGAGGCCAUGAACAACAUGCAGAUGACAGUGGAGAACCUGAAGGCAGAGAAUGACCAGUUGAAGACAGGAGGUCCUUCAACCUCCACCUCCCAGUCCUCCAGCUUGGCAUCACUGGGCACUGCCUCGCCACGUGAAUCUGUUGCCAUAUCUCUGACCAAGACCUUAAGCAUGAGCCUGGGAGAGGGCAGCUCCCCUGACCUGUUCCAGACAGAAGCCGUCAGUCUCCCCUCUCACAGAGACGACCCACGUGUCAGAGUGGUGGUUCGUGUGGCCAACCUGCGCAUUUUCAAAGAUGAAGUGAAACAGCAGGACUUCUUCAUCGGUACUGUGAGGGUUAACGGCAGAAUGGACUGGCCUAUGUUGGAUUUGGCUGUCGGCCAGGCUUUUAAGGUGUACAUAGCCAAGGUGGACCCAACCUCCAGCCUGGGCCUGUCUACAGACUCUAUCUACAGCUACAGUAUGAACCACAUCAGGAGGGUGCUGGGAGGAGAGUUGCCAGAGAGCCAACCCUCACACUGUGUAUCCAAGGGGCCCAGCGGCGUCACUGUUACACUCAAAGGUCUGAAGGAAAAGUGUGUGGACAGCCUGGUGUUUGAGACGCUCAUCCCCAAGCCCAUGAGCCAGCACUACAUCAGCCUGCUGCUGAAGCACCGCCGCCUCAUCCUGUCUGGGCCGAGCGGCACCGGCAAGACCUACCUCACUUCCCACCUGGCAGAGUACCUGGUGGACCGGAGCGGCCGAGACCUCACCGAUGGCAUCGUGGUCACCUUCAACAUGCACCGCCAGUCAUGCAAGGAUCUCCAACUCUACCUGUCCAACCUGGCCAAUCAGAUCGAUCGGGAAAGCAGCACAGCUGAAAUCCCAUUGGUGGUUAUCCUGGAUGAUAUACAUGAUGCCAUUUCCAUCAGUGAGCUUGUCAAUGGGGCCCUCACCUGCAAAUACCACAAAUGUCCUUACAUCAUUGGAACUACCAACCAGCCAGUGAAGAUGACCCCGAACCACAGCCUGCACCUCAGCUUCAGGAUGGUGACCUUCUCCAAUAACGUGGAGCCAGCCAAUGGCUUCCUGGUGCGUUACCUGCAUAGGAAGUUGAUGGAGGCGGAGGAUGAGAGGAGCCUGGCCAACGAGGACCUCCUCAGGGUGCUGGACUGGGUACCCAAGCUGUGGUACCACCUGCACACCUUCCUGGAGAAACACAGCACCUCUGACUUCCUCAUCGGCCCGUGCUUCUUCCUGUCCUGUCCUGUGACUGUGGAGGAGUUCCGCUCCUGGUUCAUUGACCUGUGGAACCUCUCCAUUAUCCCCUACCUGCAGGAAGGAGCCAAGGAUGGCAUUAAGGUGCAUGGUCAGAAGGCAGUGUGGGAGGACCCAGUGGAGUGGGUGAGGGGCACCCUGCCCUGGCCCUCAGCCCAACAGGACCAGGCCAAGCUGUUCCACCUGCCUCCCCCCAGCAUGACCUCUGGAGGCCCCGGCCAGCCCAGUGAGGCCUCAGCCAGGCCUCUUAAUAAGGAAACCCCACCGAGCUCCAUGGACACCCUGGACCCUCUGAUGGCGAUGUUGUUGAAGUUGCAAGAGGCAGCCAACUACAUUGAAUCUCCAGAGAGAGAAACAAUGGACCCCAGCCUCCCUACACUUUGAACAUCAUCUUCAUCUGUAGACUCAAAACCUAGCACUUCAAAUAGCCCUACUUCUUUCCCCUAUGUGAACUUCAGUGUAUAAAAUUCAGGAACAAAAACUUUCCAACAUAGUUUUCUGCUAAUUUUCUAACUUAUCUUGAACCUUAGCAAAAAACAAUCAUACUCCAUGUGGUUGAUUGAUUGAGAAGCUGUUUUGUUAUGUUGUUUUGAAACUUUAUUCAAUCAUGCCAAGUCAUUCCAAAAGACAUUAUAGCGAUGUUUAGAUUUUCUAUUUCUGUCGAUUUUUCUUGAACUAGAGGUUAUAUUCACAGCAUAAAGUGUCUUUCUCUUUACAGAAGACGUAUCUCUACCACUUCUGCCCUCAAUAGAAACAGGUGCUAAUUAUCUAGAUAAUAAGUAUUACUCUUUAGAAAUUCAUCCUCAUCUCUCAUUGGUCUAAGCAGGUGAUUCUUCCAACAGCACAUUUAAAAGACAAAAAAAAAGCAAAUUUUUGCUUAUCUGCUUUUGCUCAACAACAGCAACAUAGCCUGCAAUGUGUCUGUAAAAUCAAGUCAGUUUGAAACCUGUUUUCGGCUUAUUAGAAAGAGUAUGACGGCAUGUUGUUGGCAUGUCAGGUUGUGUAGUGUCCUGGUCCUGAAUACAUAUCUAUCUAUCACUCUUUGAAGGCCAAAUCUUAGACAUAUGCAACUGUUAUACAUAACCAGGUGAACUGUUUUGACUCUGUGCUCUAACAAACUGAAUGCCUUAAUUAAUACAUCUAUUCCUGAUGGUCACCUCGAGAUGAACAGCAGUAUUCAAUCGUGGUGCUUUGCUUUCAUCACCAUCGCCUCAGAGCAGAGUAGUGCGAGGACAUUCACUUGUCCCUCCCUCACAUGGUUCUGGGGUCACAUGGUUCCGGGGUGAUUUUAAAUGUCAUCUAAGAUAUAUUUGACAGAUAACUAUGUUGCAGGUAGGGUAGAUGGUGAUGAUCAGGGUUUCUUUGUCAAGUGAGAAAAUAUAGGGUUGAACAGAGCAGAACACAGACACACGAUUAUUUCCUAUGGUUAAUAUCUUUCAUUAUUAUUCACGGCAAAAUCUGUGCAAAAUUACAAACGCUGUCAUACUCAUUACUAAAACAGGGGGGGGAAAAUCAGUACAUACUAAUCUCAGCUUCUGUGGUACUAGUUCAUUGGUUUGUUGCAGGCAGCAUACGUUAUAUUUAUUUGACUGAACAUAUAUUUCAAAUCUAACUACCUGUUUUGAAGAAAUAAGGCCAUGACAGUACUACUUUCAUAUAAAUCAGGUAUUACUAAGUUAUUUUGUAUGAAUAAUGCUUGAGCAACUGCUAUUUGCUUAUAGCUUAGAUAUUUCUCAACUUCUAUUUUUAAGAUGGUGAGGUAUCAUCUAAUAUAUUCCACGCAAUUAUCCAAUAUAGUUACUGUGCUCAAUUCUUUAUGUAGAUAUUGAUUUCAGUUUUAUCUACACUAGUUGCAUGGUGCAAAUAUCUUAUAUGCUGAACCAAAUAUUUUACUGUAAUCUUGCAUAUUGACUGUCUGGUUAGGGGUCAGAGCAUAAAAGUGCUUAAAAGAAUGAACAUGUAGAUAUUUUCCUCAAUAUGUUAGCCAUGUAACAUUGCAGAUCAUUUAGGUGCUUUUGAAUGUAGACGUUUUACAAAGCUACUGUCUCAUUCCUUGCAAAAACAUGUUUUUAGACCUACAUCAAGAUGGGUGAGUGAACGGGUGCGUUCUCUGUUGCACCCCACAAACCAUUGUAAUCAGACACAGGUUAACAAUCUUACAUCUAUUGUAGCUGCCAAUGGCGCUGUCCACUUUUUGACUGGUAAUAUUGCUUUGCUCAUCUUCGGUUUAGUUAAUGACAAUUAAGACACAGCAUAAAAAUCUAUUUGCUCAUCAGCAAUGAUCAAGGGCCAUUUCCCAGUUCAGUGUCAUACAUAUAGGAAGAUAAACGUAUGAAAAUAAGAUCUAAAAAAAAUGAAAUUGUAAAGUAGCGUGGGUUACAUUAGUUACAAAAGAUACAUCUGGACAUACUGACUGAUGCUGAAACAAUGUAGGAGAAUGUCUCUGUUUUGGUCUCUUCACAUUAAUAAUGUAUAAUCUCUUGAUCAUAAGUCACCUGUAUAUAAACUUUGAAAUGAAUGUUCAAUUGCUUUCUUUGUACAAUAGUUAUCACAACAGAAAGAAAUGUUGCAAACUAUUAAGGGUCAUUACUAAGCAAAGUGGAACUAAACCACGAUGAUUACGUUAAAACAUUAUACUUUUUUGUUGUUUUGCUUUUGCAUCAAACUGUUAAUCAAAUCAAUGACAUCAAACUAUUAAGUCCAAAGUCCAUCUGAUGACAUCAAACUGUUAAUAAGUUAAAUGCAAACUGAUGACAUCAUACUAUUAAUGAGCCCAAAGUCCAGCUGAUGACAUCAAACUGUUAAUGAGUCCAAAGUCCAUCUGAUGACAUCAAACUGUUAAUAAGUUAAAGGCAAACUGAUGACAUCAUACUAUUAAUGAGCCCAAAGUCCAGCUGAUGACAUCAAACUGUUAAUGAGUCCAAAGUCCAUCUGAUGACAUCAAACUGUUAAUGAGCCCAAAGUCCAUCUGAUGACAUCAAAUUAUUAAUGAGUCCAAAGUCCAUCUGAUGACAUCAAACUAUUAAUGAUCCCAAAGUCCAUCUGAUGACAUCAAACUAUUAAUGAGUCCAAAGUCCAUCUGAUGACAUCAAACUAUUAAUGAGUCCAAAGUCCAUCUGAUGACAUCAAACUAUUAAUGAGUCCAAAGUCCAUCUGAUGACAUCAAACUAUUAAUGAGUCCAAAGUCCAUCUGAUGACAUCAAACUAUUAAUGAGUCCAAAGUCCAUCUGAUGACAUCAAACUAUUAAUGAGUCCAAAGUCCAUCUGAUGACAUCAAACUGUUAAUGAGUCCAAAGUCCAUUUGAUGACAUCAAACUAUUAAUGAGUCCAAAGUCCAUCUGAUGACAUCAAACGGUUAAUGAGUCCAAAGUCCAUCUGACGACAUCAAUCUGUUAAUGACUUGAAGUAAAUGGCCUUUGCUUCUCUGUGUGGUCACAUUAUUGCAGGUUUGCAUUUUUUGUUAUGAAUCUUGUUCUGGUGGCAGCUCUGCAGAGUGGUUACUAGCUAGCACAGCCACAAAGUCAUUAACUCUAAUGUUUAACCUAACCUCUAACAUUAACCACACUACUAACCUAAUGUCCUAACCCUAACCUUAAUACAUUAAAUUCAAAAGGUAUUUUUUAUUUGUACAUUAAUUUUUAUGAUGUAGCCUAUUUUGACUAUGCAGCUGGCCCAUCUAGUGGAAGUCUCUCAGUUCUGGCACAAAAUCAAGACCCAAUAAGUGUCAACCUGACACAUUUUUACAAAUUGAAAGAAUUCUGUGAUGAAUCAUAUGUGGGGAAAAUGCACCUUUGGUCUAUCCAUUUUACAAUGACACCAUGAGACCCAUCUGAACCUUCUAUAAUCUUAAUAAUUAGCCUCAUUAACUUGAACAAAACUAUCAUGUAGGCUCCCAAUCUGCCAUUGUACAAACACUGCAUUGUUUUGCUAUUCAGAAGAGUAUGAAAGUAUAGUACAGUAUAUCCUGUAUCUAUGUAUGCAGGUAAACAAAUGCCAUUCUGUUUGUUCUUCAUCUCACUCACUGGUCGUUGUGGCUGUUGCUCUGUAGUGGCUGUGCUGUGUGUUUGAUAACAAUCUUGUGUAUCAGGACUAUGCAGCAACUUUUACUGGUUUUGGCAAUCAGAAGAAAGAAAAAAACAGUUUAAAUUUGUUUUGAAAGCUAACAGACACAGUUUACUUCUGAUUUGCAUUGCCCCAGUCUUGCAGUAAGUUGGACCAAAUGAUAUGUUACCAGAUAUGCUUGACUAUGCCUUAAUGUGAAUUGUGAUGCAAGUGUUGCAUUAUGAGAGAGAGCGAGUGAGUAUGUGACCUUCAAAAAUGUAAGGGAUGCCUUGUGUUAUGAGUAGACUGACUUUGUGAAGGUUGUUAGAAUAUGUGUGAUGAAAUCAUUGGUCCCACAAGACACCACUUGACUGAAUUGGAAGUGGUAGAACCUCUGCUUUAGAUCACUGGGUUGUACCUUUGUGGCACACAGAAGAUCUGGAUUUGAACAUAGGUCGGUCAAGAGGGAUAUGACAGUGUAAGCCUAGGUUCUAGAGGUUCUACAGCUUGUUGUCAAAACGGAUUAGGCCCUAAUUGCAGUUCGGCACAAUUGAACUAUUAUCCAAGAACAAAGUUCAUAGUUCAAAAUGAAAACUAGAUUUUCAAGAAAUCGAAGAUAAAUCAAUGUUUCUAUAUAAGCAGGUUCCUCUUAAAAACUUAACGAAUAUGAAUUAUUAUUCUAAAUGAAGUAUUUCCACUUGAUGAAGGCCAAUACAGGUUGCUGAAUAGUCAUAAUUAUUUUGCAAAGCUUGUUAUUGACUCAAAAUAAAAAUGGUAAUAAUGGUCGCUAAUGUCAUUGACGUGCAAUUGUGAUGGAUUUCUAAAUGUUGUAGAUGAGUGUGUGAACAGAACAUGUAAUAGCAUUACGUUAUCGUUAGGGGUUCACUAUAUAGAUUAAUCUUUUCAUUUUUAAUACGCUGAUAUUUGAGAUUUCUUUUUCUAAUGAAUCCUUUGUAAAUCUCAUUGAUCUAUUUUGUACAUGACAUCAUAAUUGUAAACCUUGUAAAUACUUCAGCAUACUGUAAGCGACAACAAUCAUUCAGGAAAAGAAAACUCCAUAUAGGCCUACUACAAGA